GUUGUGUUGAGGAUCGGUAAAGCAGAGCAAUCAUCAUCUGUCGGCGUCAUUUGUUUUUUUUUUUUCUGUGAAUUUAAUUCAUUUAAUUACGAUGCAAUUGCAUCAACAACUAAUGAAAUAAUUUUAAAUCAAAACAAACAUGUGUCUUGAUUGUAUUUUUCACUUAAAAAAGAAGUGAAUUUCUGAAGAAAAUCUUAAAGCAAAAGAGCGAGAAAGCAAACUAUGCUCUUUGUCGAUGACGUUUUCUAAUUGGUUUUGUGGUAAAUGUGGUUAUUUUUUUUUUGUUGGUUGCCUUCGUCCGGUUCGCGGUUGAUUGUGGGAAAACCUGUUUAUUAUAAAAAAAAAGAAUCUAACAAAGAAGAAGAAACAUAAAAACAAAACAAAAUUUGUUAAUUAUUCGCCCGAAAAAGUAACAAACUAAAAGAAUAGAACAAAAAAAAAAGACAACAAACCGCAACCAUUAUUUUCAUUCCAAAACCUCUUUUUUUUAUAUGCUCUUCCAGUAUUAGUAUGGUGUAAUUUUAAAUAAAUCUCUCUCUCUCUCUAUUCUUACCACAGUGUAAACUGGACAUAAAUAAAAAUUCCAAUAAAAAUAUAAACACAAGUAAAGGUUUUAUUGGAAAGGACAUUAUAUUGAUGUGUUUGUGUGUAUGUAAAUGGGGAAACAAGAAAUUACAGAUCUGUUCGAUUUGAUGUUCGGUGUGUGCUCUUGCUCUCCUGCAUCCUGAUGACCUCCCCUGUCUGUGAUUUUUUCUUUAUCACUUGCUGAAUCAAUAGAAACAAAUAAAUUUUCUUUUGUAUGAAAUUAAAGAAAAUAAUGAAGCAUAAUUAAUUUAUCAUAAAAAUAAAAAAAAAAAAUAUAUGAGAAUUCUUGUUAUUCACUUUGAGUGAGAUAAAAAUUUGCGCGGGAAGAUGGUUUAAACUUUAUAAAUGACGACCAUGUUCAGACGUCCGGGAGAUAAAUAUAAAAUUAUUUUCUUUUUGAUUUGAACACAAAACAAAAAAAGAAAAAGAGAACCACUAUAAUAUACGCAUUGUAUUGUAUUUCUUUUGUCCUUGCCCUUGUAUCCUUUGGAUUCGAAUAACAAAGGAAAACAACAACAAACAAAACAAAAAAAAAACUUGAAUUCGUGCAUCAAGUGUGGAAAUAAAGGAUAACGCACAACAUUGUUGCUGAACAAAACUACCACAACUCUAUAAGGAAAAAAUAACAAAAAAACAAGAAGGAUCAUUCUCGUCUCCGUUUGGUCCUUCUUUCCUUCUUCGUUUAUUUUUUUGUUUUUUUAUUUUUAUUUAAAAAUUUAAAUUUUUUUGUUCGUGGAUUAUACGAUAUAAUGUCCUUACGAUGUGGAUUAAUACUCAUCUUAUCGUCGACGAUUUGUUUAUUCAUCGCAAAUGGUUACGGAAAAGACAUCUCUGGAGUUGAAAGAGGAUACGAACGCCUCAAUGAAUACAUAUCCCAUUAUGAAACCCUUAGCUAUGAUCAAGAGCACACAAAAGCUAGUCACAGUAGGGCUAAACGAUCAGUGACCAAAGAUCAUCUUGUUAAUUUAAAAUUUUCAGCACAUGGAAAAAAUUUCCAUCUUAGAUUAAAACGUGAUUUAAAUACAUUUAGUGAUAAGUUAGAGAUACAUAGUUCAACAAAUGAGCCCAUCGAUGUGUCAACAUCACACAUAUAUGCGGGCGAUGUGAUAGGUGAACGUAAGAGUUUUGUAUUUGGCUCAAUAUUGGAUGGAAUAUUUGAGGGUAAAAUUAUAACGGAACGUGAUGCAUACUAUGUGGAGAAUGCAAAGCAUUAUUUCCCAAAUCAUACGUACAAAACGGAUGGAUUUCAUUCGAUUAUCUAUAAUGAAAAGCAUGUGGAUGAUCCUUAUAAGGAUGUUAGAGAAGGACACGUAGCUGGUUGUGGUAUCAAUGAGAAAGUCUCCCAAUGGAUGGAGAAUAUACAAAACUCGGCUGUCGAGGAGCCAGAUGAAGUUAUAGUCCUUCCACCAGCAUCACACCAAUAUGCCAACAACAACAACAACAAAUACCAGAAACCAGACAGGAAUAAGAAAUCGGAUGAAAGCCAAAAUAAGAACAGAAACCGAAGCAGUAGCAAUAGCAAUCCUAGCUCGACGAGUCCUAGUAGAAAUAAUAGCAGUAGUCACAACCUAUCAUCAUCUUCAUCCUCUGAUGGAGUCCAUCAUGCAAAACAUCAUACCUCCUCCCCACCAUCAUCGACGACGCCACCGAAAAAAUAUUCAAAUAGCAACGACGACUUCAAGUAUCCUUAUCAGAAAUACUCGAAGGAGGCGAAUUGGAAAUUUAUGCCAAAUGGCGAGGAUGAUAGGUAUGCCCGUGCCGCUGCUGCUGCUUCCAUAGCUGCCGAUGAUGAUUGGCACGAGCGUGUCCACGAGCGGGUGCGUCGAGCCUCCUCAUCCAAUUCACAUUCUCCACGCCAGCGAGAUGAUAACAAGAAUACCUGUUCGUUGUUUAUACAAACGGAUCCAUUAAUAUGGCGACACAUCCGGGAGGGUAUAGCUGAUCAUGACAGGGGACGGAAAUACGAGAUCGAUGAGAAGACAAGGGAGGAGAUUUUGUCGUUGAUUGCACAUCAUGUCACUGCCGUUAACUAUAUCUAUCGCAAUACAAAGUUUGAUGGAAAGGUAGAGCACCGAAACAUACGAUUCGAGGUGCAACGAAUUAAGAUUGAUGAUGAUACACCAUGUAAACAGUCCUACAACGGUCCACAUAAUGCUUUUUGCAAUGAACACAUGGAUGUUUCGAAUUUCCUUAAUUUACACUCAUUGGAAGAUCAUUCAGACUUUUGUCUGGCUUAUGUGUUCACUUACAGAGAUUUCACUGGCGGAACCCUUGGUUUAGCUUGGGUUGCGUCUGCCUCCGGUGCUUCAGGUGGUAUAUGUGAAAAAUAUAAGACUUACACCGAAACAGUUGGUGGCCAAUAUCAAAGCACAAAACGUUCCCUCAACACAGGGAUCAUCACAUUUGUUAACUACAAUAGUCGGGUACCGCCCAAAGUCUCACAAUUGACGUUGGCCCAUGAAAUUGGCCAUAAUUUUGGAUCACCACACGACUAUCCAGAUGGUUGUAGGCCAGGUGGUCCAAAUGGAAAUUACAUUAUGUUCGCUAGUGCCACUAGUGGUGAUCGACCGAACAAUAGCAAAUUCUCACCAUGUUCCAUUAGAAAUAUAUCGAAUGUCCUCGACGUCCUAGUCGGCAAUCAGAAACGAGAUUGUUUCAAGGUCUCAGAGGGAGCCUUCUGUGGCAAUAAGAUCGUUGAAAGUGGCGAAGAGUGCGAUUGUGGAUUUAAUGAGGACGAAUGCAAAGAUAUUUGCUGUUAUCCACGUAUAAUAAGCGAAUAUGAUCUCUCAAUGAAUUCCUCGGCGACAGGAUGUACACGCAAGGCCAAAACACAGUGCAGUCCUAGCCAAGGACCAUGCUGUUUGAGUGAUUCGUGUACCUUUGUUCCAUCACACUAUCAUAUUAAGUGCAAAGAGGAAACAGAAUGUUCCUGGUCGAGUACGUGCAAUGGCACCACACCAGAAUGCCCAGAACCCAAGCCGCGAGAUGAUAAGACCAAAUGUAAUAAUGGCACAGCAUUGUGCAUCAAAGGUGAUUGCUCUGGAUCGAUAUGCUUGCUUUGGAAUAUGUCCGAAUGCUUCCUGACAUCAACUUUGACGCCUGCUGUGGAUAAGAGACGUCUGUGUGAGUUGGCGUGCCAAAAUGGCAAUGACACCAGUACUUGCCGAAGCACUAGUGAGUUUGCCCAUCUUUAUGGAUUGCCCGAUGGGGGGAUUAAUUUGCGCCCAGGCUCGCCAUGUGACAACUUCCAAGGCUAUUGUGAUGUUUUUCUAAAGUGCCGAGCCGUCGAUGCUGACGGUCCAUUGGUGCGAUUAAAGAAUCUCCUUUUGAAUAAGGAAACUCUAUUGACGGUGGCCCAAUGGGUCACAGAGAAUUGGUACAUAUGUGUGCUGAUGGCAAUUGGUUUCAUCAUUGUGAUGGGUGCGUUUAUCAAAUGCUGUGCUGUCCAUACGCCCAGUUCGAAUCCGAAAAAGAGGCCUGCGCGGCGAAUAAGUGAAACGCUACGAGGUCCAAUGAACACACUGCGACGAAUGCGACAUCCGCAACAUCGCAGCGCUGGACCAAGAAGUAUACCACCGCCAGCCCACGAAAGAUCCCGAGGGCAUCCCUCGGAUUGGGAUCGUCGGCAACAUCCAGAUCGUGGUGCACCGCCUGGUGGUGUUCCAAUAGGUCAUCAUCCCAGUCGGCCGGGAGCAAGAAAUGACGGCCGCAGAGGUGGAGCGCCUAGUGCGGGUGGUCGUCAUAGUGGACGGCCGGCGAGUAAUUCAAGAUCAGCAGGACCACAACACGGGUAUGCAGAUCUAGGUGGUGGUGUUGGGGGUGGUGAUGGGCGAGGGCCAAGCCAACAGCCACAACAGUAUUAUCCGCCGAAAGCCGUCGGUCCGCAACAAGUAAAUUAUAACCGACCGCCAUCGUUGCACAAUCCUGAACUUUAUGCAGAAGCAUACACAGGACGAGGGGCAUAUGAAGCGCCGCCCUCACGAGUUCCAAAUAGUAAAGUUUGACAACCAAAUGGACAAAUUAUAAAUAAUUAUAAUAAUAAUCAACUCAAACAACAACAACAACAGCAAAAACUACCAGCAACAUCAACAACAACAACAACAUCAACUGCAACAAAUCAUCAAAAUGUAAUUACUAUUAUUAUUAAUGCUAUUAUUACUAUAAUUAAUGUUAAAUUUAAAUUUAAAACUUUAAAAUACUUAUCAUCAUCAUCAACAUUGCUACAAAACCAACUGAUAUCAACGUAAAUUUAAAAAAAGAUAUAAAAUAUAAAAAAAUAAUUAAAAAAUGUCACAACAAAAAAAUAAAUUAAAAAUUGUGUAGUGUUAGCCUUGAAGAUGAUGAUGAUGACACAAGAAAAAAUAUUAUUGCGAUGAUAAAAACAAAGACAAAGAAAAGGAUGAUAAAUAUGAAAGUAAAUAUUGAUGAAACAAAAACAAAAAAAAGUCUUUAAUGAGAAUAAUCAAAUUUCAAUUGAAUUCCUUUUUGAUGACUCAAAAAAUAUUACAAUGAUAUGUUUAGUAAUUUCUUAAUUUUCCUAUUAUUAGUUUUUUUUCAUUAUUUGUUUGUGUUAAUUUUUUUUUUUAAUAUAAAUUUCCUAUGUGUGUGUUUUUUGAAUUGAGAUUUGCCUUUAAUGUUUACUUAUUUUUUUUAUGUUUCCAUGUUCGUUUGUCCAGUAUGACUUGUAUGUUUAUUUUUAAUAAAUUUAAUGUUUUUUUUAAUUAAACAUUUAGUAAAAACUUUUAAUGUAGUUUUCAAUUAAAGAAAAUUGAUUUUUUAAUAAACAAAAAAAUGUAAAUUCAAUUUUAAACUUUUAUCGUACUUUAAAAUUGUAUUGAGUUGUAUUUUAUAAUUUAGAAAAAAAAUGUAACAAAAUGUUCAGUUAAUUGUUCAUGAAUAUUUUUUAUGUUUUUGAGAAUUUGGUAAUUUUAUUUCGAGAAUGCGAUAUAUUCCGAAAAGGGGCUAGAAAAAAUAUUAAUACUCGAUGAUAAUUUAUCAAUGAAACAAGCUCUCUUUUUUUCCUUAUCGUAGGUUAAAGUUCGAAAUUAAAAUCGAUAAUAUUUUUCAACUUUGUUAAAAUAAAAAAAAAAAAAACAAAAUGCAUUUUCAACCUUAGCCUUAUU